AUGAAGUCCUGGGUGUAUGUGCAGGUGGCGUUGGUGAAGAUCGGGACGUGGGGCAGCGGCGACCACGGCAGCGCCUACGACAUCACGGUGGCGCCGCAGCGGCUGGAGAGCAUCUCCCUCCGUUAUGGCAAGAUCAUCGACUCCAUCUCCUUCUCCUACCGGGACCGGGAGGGCAAGCUGCACACCGCCGGGCCCUGGGGCGGCACUGGAGGCGUGUGCGACGAGGUGAUCACCCUGGGCCCUCACGAGUACGUGACGGAGGUGGUCGUCGGCAUGUUCGCUCGCGCGGACCAAUACCUCGACGCCAUUGGCUUCUACGUCCUGCCCUUCUGA